AUGGCGGAAAAUUUAAAAGGCUGCACUGUGUGUUGCAAAUCUUCUUGGAAUCAGCUGCAGGACCUGUGCCGCUUGGCCAAGCUCUCAUGCCCUGCCCUCGGAAUCUCCAAGAGGAACCUCUAUGACUUUGAAGUGGAGUACCUGUGUGAUUACAAGAAGAUCCGAGAACAGGAGUAUUACCUGGUCAAAUGGCGUGGAUACCCAGAGUCCGAGAGUACCUGGGAGCCACGGCAGAAUCUCAAGUGCGUGCGCAUCCUCAAGCAGUUCCACAAGGACUUAGAGCGAGAGUUGCUCCGGCGGCGCCACCGGUCAAAGCCCCCCCGGCACCUGGACCCAAGCUUGGCCAGCUACCUGGUGCAGAAGGCCAAGCAGAGACGGGCGCUUCAGCUCUGGGAGCGGGAGCUCAAUGCCAAGCGCAACCACCUGGGACGCAUCACCGUGGAGAAUGAGGUGGAUCUGGAUGGCCCCCCUCGGGCCUUUGUAUACAUUAACGAGUACCGCGUUGGCGAGGGCAUCACCCUCAACCAGGUGGCCGUGGGCUGCGAGUGUAAGGACUGCUUGUGGGCACCCGCUGGAGGCUGCUGCCCCGGGGCCUCGCUGCACAAGUUUGCCUACAACGACCAGGGCCAGGUGCGCCUGCGAGCCGGGCUGCCCAUCUACGAGUGCAACUCCCGCUGCCGCUGCGGCUAUGACUGCCCCAACCGCGUGGUACAGAAGGGCAUCCGCUACAACCUCUGCAUCUUCCGCACGGAUGACGGGCGCGGCUGGGGUGUCCGCACGCUGGAGAAGAUCCGCAAGAACAGCUUCGUCAUGGAGUACGUGGGAGAGAUCAUUACUUCGGAGGAGGCGGAGCGGCGGGGCCAGAUCUACGACCGCCAGGGUGCUACGUACCUCUUCGACCUGGACUACGUGGAGGACGUGUACACUGUGGACGCGGCCUACUACGGCAACAUCUCCCACUUCGUCAACCACAGUUGCGACCCCAACCUCCAGGUGUACAACGUCUUCAUAGACAACCUUGACGAGCGGCUGCCCCGCAUCGCUUUCUUUGCCACGAGGACCAUCUGGGCAGGCGAGGAGCUCACUUUUGAUUACAACAUGCAAGUGGACCCCGUGGACAUGGAGAGCACCCGCAUGGACUCCAACUUUGGCCUGGCCGUGCUCCCCGGCUCCCCCAAGAAGCGGGUCCGUAUUGAAUGCAAGUGUGGGACUGAAUCCUGCCGCAAAUACCUCUUCUAG